AUGCCGCAGCUCAGCAAUUGUGAAUCUGAGCUAUAUCCAGGUAAAAGACCUUUAAGAGAAGUUCGCAAUGAAGAAAAGUCUAAAGCUUACAUUGAGGAGAGGCUACAAAAGCAAGGACUCACUCGAAAAAAUCACGAGCCGACUUUUAAUAAUCUUGUGUUCGAUUAUCUCAACACUCCAGAGGAUGUUCGUGAUGAAUUUAUCGACCAUAAUAUGAAUCCUGUACAAGAUCAAAUUAAAGUGAGGAAGGAGCAGAUCCUACGGCAAGAAAAAGCAGGAUAUGUCAGUGGUUCUUUUGAUGUGAUUGAACGCGAUGAGAGUGGUGGCUAUCUGGAACGCCUGGAGAAACGAGUGAGUGCGUUGGAAAUGAGAUAUAAAAUUCAACCUGCAACGGCAAUGCAGGGUGUGGGUCGUUUGGAAAGCUUAGAGAAAAGAAUCAGUGACCUCGAAAAACAGUAUCAUUGA